AUGUCGCAGGCUCCGGGAAACCCUGGGUCCAACGACCCCACGGCCGAGUCUGCUAGACGCCAGCCUCGAAUGAUGCUGUCCGGAUCUACGCCUCGUGUCCCUCUUCGGGAACUCCCCCGUCCGUCCCAGCCAAAUGCGGCCCAGGUUGAUGUCCCUGGCCGUGGCGGAGGUAAAGAGAACAUGCCCCCUGGCCGCCGUCGGUUCGUCCAUUCCGGAAACGAUGAUAAGCAUGAUAAUCCUCCACGUGGGCCCCAACGCCCCCGUCGUGCCCUGCGAACCGUCGCCUCUACUAGACGCCCAACAACUAAGACUGAGAAAGGGCAGAAGCGGCCAUUGGGUCGAGUCGCUUUGGGUGAGGUUCAUGGAAACAUCAUCAGGCUCCCCAAGAGACAAGCCACAGAGACCCUCGAUCCCGAUCCCGAUGUCGUUGCAUUGCGACGUGCCCUUCGUGCCGUUAUUAUUCAACGGGCUUGGCGAUCAUACGUCAGACGACGUGAGUCAAAUGCGCCUGCUAUUGCUGCUCCCUCUCCCAAGGCCAGCAAGGAGUGGGCUUGCGAGGUGAUUGCUCGAUGGUGGCGUCAGGUCAAGACCAGCAAAGUUCCGGCGCAGAACAAACAGAUCCAGCAGAUCGAUCAAACUGGACAAAUCAACCAGACAACCUACCCGGAGUAUGCCGAACAGAUGAAGCAGGUAGAGCAGAAGCCACGACAGAAGCCUGCCGGCCAGCGGCCCUCUAUCCGCCAGGUUGAUGGUCUCCGACGGAUUCGCCGUCUGUGA